AAUAAAUUUUGAAUGGAAAUUUUGAAUGUUGCAAAGAUGUAUUUUCUUGAAUUAAUUACUUAUUUAGGCAACAGUGUAAAUUAUUAGUUAUAAAACGACGGAGCUGUGAAUAAUAAAUGAAGAUGGCUUUUAUUAUGCACAAAUUAUACGGUAGUUUAGACUAAUCUGAAGGGGCGUCUCUAGUCUAUUGUAAAGACUAUUUUAAGUGGGCUACAGUUUCCGUAAAUUACUUUAAAAUAUUGUACGGGAAAACAAUUAAAAUGUUAGCGUUUUAAUGUGUAUAGAUGGACUUUGAAUAUAUGGAAGCUCAUUGGGUUGUAAGAGACUCUUAUUAUGUAAACUGCUCUGCUACGUCAAGCAUGACGUGAGAUCAGCUGGGACCGUGAACAAAAGCUUUGGCAAGUCAAGUUAGAAAUGUGCUUUAAUGUGAGUGGCGCUGCGUGAUUUUUUCACGCAUAAAAACCAUUGUGACUGUAACUGAUGUUCACUGUGAAAUCCAUAAAGUGAACUCGUUUUUCCAGAUGAACCUUCAUCCUCAUGCAAAACAAUGGACGCUAAAGGAAAACUGCAUACAGGGAUGAGAUGAAGUCUGUAUCAUUUACCCAGUGGAAUCCGAGCAAAGCCAGAUGUGCGACUCUACAGUCAGAUAAAUGCACUCCAGUGAAGCAUUAAUACAGCCAAAAGGACCUCAUGUCAUUUCUGGACUGCACCUGUAUCUCUACUCACUCACAAGUCCAGUCCAUCAGCAUAGAGGAGCAGUAUGAAGACAUCAGCCACCAGGUCUCGAGCAGUGAUGUCUCUCCGUGUUCUGUGUUGACGGCUGACGAUGACGUCACAGGUCUUUCCACUGACCCCGCCCACUAUCAGCUGCUGUCACAUCUGGGGCGGGGCUUCAAUAACCUCAGUCAGGUGAGCGUGUCGCGUCACACUCCAUCCGGUCGGCUGGUGGUGGUGAAAAACACAAAUCUGGAUGAGUGUACGGAAGAUGAGCUCCUGCAUUUGAUGAACGAGGUUUUGUUGUCCAGGUUGUUUCGUCACCCAAAUCUUCUGACUUCCAGACUGGUGUUCAGCUCGUGCUGUGAGCUCUGGGUUCUGUCUCCGCUCAUGAGUUACGGUUCUGCAGACUCUCUGCUCAGGGCGUAUUUUCCAGAUGGAAUGAGUGAGUCUCUGAUAGCGUAUUUGCUGUAUGGGGUGUUGAAAGGCCUGGAGUACCUGCACCACAUGGGAUAUGUGCACAGGGGUGUGAAGGCAAGUCACGUGUUGUUGUCGGCAGAGGGUCGUGUGUGUUUGUCAGGACUUCAGAGUGUGUACAGUCUAAUGAAGGAUGGCAAGAGGAUGAGGGUGGUGUAUGAUAUGCCUCAGCACAGUCCGUCUCUUCUGCCAUGGUUGAGUCCUGAGCUACUGCGACAGGAUCUUCAUGGCUAUGGUGUGAAAUCAGACAUCUACAGUCUGGGAAUCUUGGCUUGUGAGCUGGUCACUGGCCGGGUGCCCUUUCAAGACAUGCCGCCUACUCUGAUGCUGCUUCAGAAGUUAAGGGGGUCUCAUUCUUGUCUCCUCGACGUCUCCCCUUACCCACUCGGAGACCUCGGGGCGCUCAAAGUGUCCCGUUCUGGCGUGGAUUCGGGUAUCGGCGAGAGCGUCGCAACUGGAAGUCUGACUCGCACGGCCACCGCAGAGAGACCCCAGAGCCCCGCCCCCAAAAACCACUCGGCUACUCUGCACAACCUGGUCGAACUCUGCCUGCAACAACAGCCUGACAGCAGGCCCUCAGCAAGUGCUCUCCGCACCCACCCCUUCUUCAGACAGGUAAAGAAGCACACAAGAGACUCCUUCCUCAGUUUGAUGUAUCCAGCCGUGCCAAUGUCCUGCCCUCCAGACACACCUCCAUCUGAAACCCCUACAAAGACCUGUAACAGCCCCUCGCCCACCAACAAUGAGCCAGAAGAUGAGAUGUGGGACUUUUCCUAACCCCCCCAUUUAAUUCUCACUCCAUUCCUAAAUAUAGCCUUAUAAUACAAUUCCCUUUUCUCUUCUAAGACAUGGUCUCUUUAAAUAUCGCGCAGGUCAUCUUAAAGGGGUAGUUCAUCUAAAAAUGGAAUAUUCAGUCAUCAUUUAUUCAUCAUUUAGCCUCUCGUUCAUAACCCUUGAGUUCAAUGACUCUUUCUUAUGUGGAACACAAAAAAAGAUAUUUUGCUAAAUGUGGUCAUACAGUGGAAGCCAACAUUCUUCAAAAUAUCUUCUAUUGUGUUCUGUAGAAGAAAGUAAGUCAUACAGGUUUGAAAUGACAUGAGGGUCAGUAAAACAUGAAAUCAUUUUUAUUUUUGGGUGAAAUAUAUCUUUAAUUGUCCGCGGAGCUUUUUAGAUAUCUACAAUUAUGAUAUCUACAAUUAAAAUUUCAAUGUGCAGUUGUAAAUGUGACCAUGCCUUUACUAAUUUAACCACGUAUCUAUCAUUUAUUGUGUUUAAAAAUGCCUCUACAUUUAGUAUUUCAAGAAUCUGAUAUGUACAGUAUGUCUAAUAUAAGACUGUAGAUCAGUGGUUCUCAGACUUUUUCGUUAUGUGGCCCCCUUUGUGCAGGGUGCAUCGCUUUGCGGCCCCCCCCUAAAAAAAGACUUAAUAAAACUUUAAUUAAACCAAAAACAUAUUCACUUAUAGAAUUCUGUUACAUCAAUUUAUUAUAAAUUUCUAUAUUUCAUAAAAUGCCACAAAAUCUAUGCUCCCCCCUGGAUCCAUCUUGGGUCUCCCAGUUUGAGAACCACUGCUGUAGAUCAAUUAUCACCACAAACCUAAUAUACUGUGCUGUAUUUACUCUCUUUUAGCUAUGCCAAUACUUUCUCAACCACUCGGAACGUUUUGGUUUGUUAUACUCUGGGAUUUCUUUUGCUUUUACUGAUGGUUUAGAUUCCUCCAUCAUUAGAAUCUGUGUAGAGAAUAGCACACUAACAUUCUCUUACUACUGCUGCAGUAUAUAGUAAUCAUAGUAUGUAAAUCAUCUGUAUGCACACUGCAUGGAAUGCUGUGUAUCACAAUGCAAUAUACUUGAUCUUCCAUUUUCAGUAUGACAAGUGCACCUGACAUAUAUAUAAAUAUAAUUUUUUUGUAUUUUUUUAACAUAAUUAUUUCAUAAAACUGACAAACAAUGUUUAGUUUGUUAAAUUAUAAAGCUCCAAGAUGACAACUAGACACCAUGCGCUGAAUUAAACAUACAUAGCAUACUACACCAUUGUUUAAAACACAAUGUAACAAUUUGUUUCUAAAGUUGUGUUUCGCUUAAAUUUUUUCUGUUUCUUUAUGACGUUUAACAUGCUGAAUACGAAAAACACAUAAUUAUUUUACCAUCAAUGGUACUCGAAAAAACCUAAAAAAUAUUUUCACACAUUUAAACAUUUCGGUAUUAUUACUCGUAUGCAGAUAUUACAAGGUACUGCCAUAACACUGAGCUCAAAACAGAUACUAAAAAUGAGUUGUCCAAAACUUCAGAAGUGUAUAUUUGAUAGUUUUUGUCUCUUAUGACCAGUGUUGGGUAAGUUACUCUGAAAAAGCAAUCAACUAUUUACUAAUUACAUACUCAAUAGUGUAAUUAGAUUACUGUACAAAUUACUCUCUCCAAAGAGUAUUUAAUUAUUUAUUACUCAUUAUUUGUCCUACGUCAACCAUGGUUAGAAUUGAUUCAAGGAUAGACACGAAACAGCUCUUUUAAUUCAUUCAAAUAAAUAAUAUAAAACUAGAUAAAGUAGUAUUAUUAACAGACCAAAGUAUUACAAAUGUGAGAAUUAUACAUUAAAGCAUUAAGGAUUUUAAAGUUAGACUGUCAGUUAGACUGUUGUGAUGUCAGUUCCACUAUUGCAUACACUUAUAUUACACAAAGUAUUUAGUUUAAUUACAUGAGAAGUAACUGUAAUUAAAUUACAGAAAAAAUAGAGUAAUACCUUAUUUUACUUGUUCAAUGGGAAAGUAAUUAAUUUACAGUAACUAAUUACUUAGUAACUAGUUACACCCAACACUGCUUAUGACUACUGUCCUCACGAACCAAGUUCCAGACGUAGGCACCCAUUAUCGCUUCAUUCCACCUUCCCUGUUCUAAAGAACUUUCUAAAAUUGUCUGACAGUGACGAUUGGAAAAUAAUUUUUUAAAUAUGUGAAAAUUUUUACAAUUUUUGUUCAUUUGCAAUAUAGCGAUAUAUUGUAAUUAAUGAUAUAAUCUCAAAAUUUACUUGAGCUACAUAUACACUAAAACAUUGAUGCUACAUGAAAAUAAAUAUGAUUGCAAUAAUUAGCACCACAUAAUUGUACAAGAAGUAUAAAAAGGUUGGGUUGUUUUUGUACACUGUGUAAUUGCACUAUAUAUACUUUUUACAUUCUAUAUUUUAAGAAAUAGUAUGCGUCAUAUACUGCACAGUUUACUAUACUAUAAGCAGCACACUUGUAUUCCAUUCCAGGUAUAGCCUUACAUUAGAAGUGUGAUCAGACCUUGCUGUUUGAUGUUCACAAGUCCACAAGCAGCCUAUCAGGUCAUGUCAUCAAAUCACUAGAUGUGAGUGAGGUCAUCAAACUGAGCCAUGAGUUUGCAUGUGUGUCCUGUGGUGUUUGUGAAGGACGCUCCCCUGUGCCAGUGAAUUUUUAAAGAGUGUCUGUGUACAUAUUAAUGUGUGUGACUGUGAGUAUCUCUGUGUAUUAACUGGCGUUCUGUGAAGAAACUGCACACGUUUAAAUCCUGUGAAGAAAAGCAAACCAUCAGUGCUGUGCUGUUCAACCCACCCAUCAAUACUGCCUCAAUAUGCUGUAUGCUCUGAAUGGGAUUUUAAUGAAUCCUGGUUAAACUGAUGAACCGAGCAGCUUUAACUGUGACUGAUAUUCUACUUGCUGAAGACAUUUUAUGUUUUUUUUUGUUACUUGUAUGAUACAUUUAGAUUUAUGAUAAAUAUAUUCUUACCUUGUUUCUUAACUCAUUGGUGGUGUG